AUGAAGCACUCAUUUCCAAAUGAGGAGGGGGAGCACUUGUUUCCAAAUGAGGAGGAUAGGACUGAUUUCAUCCCCGUCGCAGAUCUCCCUUGUCCUCCCUGCCGCCGGUGUACGGGAGAGGAACCUGGAGAUUUCGGGGGAUUUUGUUCCUGUCGGUGUCACGAAGGACGAGAUCAAGAGGUUCCCCUCUCCUUGGAUCCACCCGUUGACUCUCUGAAUGGGGGGUUCUCCCGCUCUGCGUCGGAGUUUGCGGCUGCAGCGGCUGCUGCUGCAGCAUGUAAUGUCGUGGUCGCUCAGGCCGCUGCAGCGGCGCAUUGUGGCCAGAGGGAGGACGGAAUAGAAACGGCAAUAACGCGUACCAGCAGCAUCGAGGCACACCGAGUUAUGCCGAAAUCGAAAGUCAAGUUUCCGGAUGAUCGGAAGUCUUUGCUCACAACUAUACCAUACUGUGGUCCGUAUGUCGGUUUGUCACUAGGACUGUAUGCGUUGUUUCUUGUUAUAUGCGGCGUGCACCCUGUGUGUAAGAUCUUGUGGUGGCACCUGCAAAGAAGUGAAUACAUCAGGGGCUUGUUUAGAGAUGUGCUGCGUACCAACGCGCUUGUAGCAAUAACGUCGGCGGCCGUGCCUGUUUCAUGUGGCGACGAUGACCAGGGAGUUCAGUUCUAUGCACCAAAAGAACCGAGUUGCCCGUCGGCGCAUCCACUAUUGUUGGCGUCGUUUGGCGACGAGAGGUAUUUGCCGACCCUCUGGCGUUGCUGGGCGCAGCUGUUGUUCUGUUUGUUUGUUCAUUUCUGGGCUGCUCGACAUCAUAUAUUUCAUCUGGUGAGGCAGAGAAUUUAUCCGUACGAUAGGGAAGAGGAAUUUAAGUUGGGUGAACGGUUUGUUCACAAAGCGGGGCAGCUCACGUCUGCUCUAAAGCCGCAGCCUCCGCUCUGCGGUCGCUAUGGGUUCGUAAACUUGAAGGGACGCGUCCGCAACAUUUUGGCGCUCAUUAACCCGACUAGUGGUGGACGAAUGGCGAUGACGUACUACCAGAAACUCAUUCUACCGAUAACGGAGCUGUGCGCUAACCUUAUUAUUGCGAGAUUACUGUACGGCGUGCUCUCAUGCUGGAUUGCGCGUAUUAGUGCGGUAUCUUCUACUGUGCGUGAAUACUGCGCUGACGGAAUUUUGACUUGCAUCCGGCUUAUUACCUGUGUGUUUGCGCCUUCAGGAACUGCUACUUUUGUUUGGGCAGGAUACCAAGGUUCUGCCAAUUGUGCUCGACGAGAAGAAUGGAGAGUUAGUGUGCGCCUUUAUUCACCGGUGGUCGCACGUCUUCGACUUGUGCUUGAUCCUCGGGGGGAUGGUUCUUACCACUCGAUCGUCAACCUGCUUGUUCGGGCUAGCUUGGAGAAGAGGCGAGAUGUGCUGCAGGAGGGUGACGAAGAGGAUUUAACACAACCCGCUCCCGAGGAGGGAAAAUCCCCGGCAUCCGAUGACUCUCUCCCUUCGAGCACAAGGCGAAACGUAAUCCGCUCCCCCAAGUGCCAACGAUGCAAGGAGAAGAAAUGCAUUUUCCCCGUGAAUAUGCCCAUCACUCCAGUCCCCCUGGGUACAAGCAACACGUGGUGCAGUGAGUUCGUCUUCAGUCACGCGGGUUCCAUCGCGGCAAAGUGCUACGCUGCCAAUGCCCGACAGCUUGCAGCCGCAGCUAUGGAGCAAGUAGAAAAAGAAAAGGCAAAGGCUUCAAGGAGGUCAGUCCGCCACCCCAAUCCGUCAUGUUCCGCAGACUGGCUGACGCCUGUGCAAGGCGCAGGCGAUAAAAUGGCCCGACAAGAGCGGGACAGUUUGGACGCAGGGCAUAGCAAGGGAGCUAGUUUGUCGCUCAGUGCGUCUUCUUUGGACUCGUCCGCAUACUUUGCGCGGAGUACCUCCACAGCAGAGAGCUGUGAAACGAACACCGGCGGGGUCUGCGGCACUCCACUGUCAGCUGCAGGAGAGUUUGUGGACCCGGUUCCUCAGGAUGCGUCUGGGAAUAUGUCCCUGUACCAGGUCUUGCCCGGCAUAUGUGACUCAUCACGUGAUCCUUCCGUAGCAGCACGGGCGGCCGCUUUGGCAGCGUUUGACGUCGCCACUCUCGCCAGAAACGAGGCAUCCGCAGCUGCCGCUGCUGCGGAGAAGGGAACGUCGCUCCAUGGAUGGGACUCCUAUGCGACCACGGUUGCUGUUGAGGCGGAAGAGUCUGCGGCAGUGGCACAGGCAGCUUGCGCCGCUGCAGAAAGAGCCGCACAAGCUGCGGAAGCACGAGCAGACAAGGUACGGCAGAACCCAGCUUCUUCGCCGUCACACCACACCGAGUCCCCCGCAGAAAAAGCAAUGGAGGAGUUCCGCGAAAAAAGCCAACAUGUCUUGAUGACAGACACGCCUGCUCUUGCGACCCCUGCCGCGCAGAUGGUCGCGAGCAUGGCCGCGCUUUCCAGGCACGACUCUGCAGACCUUUUAGAGUGCUCGCGCCUUUUGGCCCCUGCGCCCACACCCGAACUGAAAGGUGUCAGACUCGCGAAACACCACCUCCGAGUCGCCAAAAUGAUGGACGAGCUCGCUGAGAAAAUGGGGCCCGGGAAGGAUAGCAAUAUGAUGCAAAUGGGGAGGGAGAGACUUCUACACUUUUGGAUGAGGAGAAUCCACGAAUGCCGUACGACGAGGAUCAAUGCGUUACUGGUUGAAGCAGGUGGAGAGCGGCACUUAUGCUGCAAUUCGCUAGAGUUCGGAUUCAUCGGGACUGCGCAAGUGCAUAGCGAAGACAUGCGCUGGACGGGGCACAUGAGAUAUACGUUAGCCUUUCUGUACCAGCUCCUUAUGCGCCGAACAUUCCCGGCCUACAUUACAGCGACUCUGCCUAAUGGAGAGGUGAUACAUCGAAUUGGUAACUACAUGGUCGUCGCGCUCGACGUCAUUCAACACUGGACGGAUGACCGCCCAAUCGCACGACAAGCCCAAAUGGAUGGACCCUGCGCUUGGCUGCUUCUCAUGGACGGAUCAAUCAGCCGAGCAAGACUGUGGGCUUAUAUGAGAGAUCUGAGAAGGCUGAGCAUGGCGGAGGAGAAAGGACUUGAGAUGUUGCCGGUAAAACGCGUACACAUCAAGCUCACUGAGCCAGGCAUCUAUGGGCUAGACGGCGAAGUCUACCGGCAUGGCGGAGAGUUGACAUUUACAUUGCUGCCUGGGCCCAUCCGCGUGUGUGUGUCAGAGUUCGACCAGCUUAUUGCCCAUCCAGUAGCUGGGCAUAGGUGGAUGAAGCACAUUUUACAGGAUCUCGACUAG